CUCCGAAUUCCAACUAACUUUUUUUAUUGUCAUUUUCAUUGGUUAACUUGUUCUUCAAAUUAAACUCCAAAUCCAAACCCCAAUCAGUUCCUUUCCCUUUUAUCUCUCGUAUACAAUGCUCGGAGCUCAACUUUGCUACCGUACAUUCUCCACUUUCUGGGUUUUCUCCCAUAAAUCAAAUGCUACUACUUAUCCCACCAUCCCGGCAUUUUCUUUCCCGUCGAUUCGUUCUUCUUCAAUCCGUUUACAUUUCCCGGCGAAACUCCGGCCGGUUUCUUGCCACUCGAUCCGUAGUGGUAGCUUCGAUCCCCAAUUCAACGAAGACGAUGAUAAAGAUCUUCAGUUCCUCGAAGCUUCUCUUCUCGUUUCAGAAACUGUUUCGCACUAUCGGAUGUUAAGGCAAGGAAUUACAGAAGAAAUUAAAUGGCAAUCAUCGAGGAGAGAACAGCAUCCUAUAUCGAGGGCUAAAAUUGCUUCUAUUGGACAAUCUUUUCUUAGUCGUUUCCCUACUCCAACUAUUUUUCUCAAGAUUUCUUGUGAUGGGGAUUUCUUGUUACCCAUUAUUGUAGGGGAAUUUGCUGUUGAAAAACUUAUAGCUUCCUUUUGGGGAGAUGAUAAUGGGGAAUGUCCAGAUCAGUUCCAUCUUGUUAAAAAUGUUGUGGAGAAGCUUGGAUAUGAAGUUAAAAUGGUGAGAAUUACAGAAAGAGUUGUCAAUACUUACUUUGCAAAGUUGUAUUUUAGCAAGCCGGGAGAAAAUGAUGUGAUAAGUGUAGAUGCACGGCCCUCGGAUGCCAUCAAUGUGGCUCAUAGAUGCAAGGCUCCGAUCUAUGUAAGUAAACAAAUUGUCUUGGAAGAUGCUAUUAGAAUUGGCUUCGGGAUGGGCAGAGUGCGCGAUACAACGCCUACUUACGAUGUAGUGCUUGACAGCGCUAUGGAGGGUCCGGAUUUAUUAACAGAGGAGCUUGAUCUGGUGAGGAAUAUGAAUUUAGCUGUUGAAGAAGAAAGGUACAAUGAUGCAGGUAAUAAGAACAUAGAAUAUAAUCUUCCAACCAAAAUAAAGAUUAUAGAAUAUACCUUCUUUGUUCAAUUAUAUAUUUUUGUUUCAUCUUAGGCUUUGCUAGGUGGAAAAAAAAUUGGAAGUAUGGAAAAUUGGAGUGGAAAAGUAGAAACCUAGAAAUAUAUAUAUAUUUUCUUUAUAUUGAUUUGCUCGAUAGGAAAGUUGGAAAAUGGAAAGAAAAAUGUAUUCUUUUUUUUCCAUUCAAUGCUCAGUAGAGUUGAGAAACGAGAGGAAAGAAAAUGAAUUCAUAAUUUUGUACAUUUAACUUACAUCUCACGUUUUAUCUACUCUUCUUGUUCCAAAUUGGAAUGAUUUUAUUUAUUUAUUCAUGGGAUGGAAAAUGGUUGUGAUUUCUAUUUUCUUUCCUAAUGAUCACACUCAAUAUCGAUUUUCUUUUCACUUUUUCACCCUCUUUCCAUCCUUCCACUUUUCCGUUCUGUCUAGCAUCCCCUUAGCGUCUUACAUUAUGAAUCAACUUCUUGCAGCAAUGUUAAGAGACGAACUAAUGAAGCUACGCAAUUCGAGUCGUAAUCAGUAACAUGUUUUGAUUGUAACCAUGCUUGUAUGCUUGUUGGUUGGCCUACUUGUGAGCUAUAAUUCAUUUUCGAUUUUACUAUUACAAGCCAAAGGGUAUACCUUCUGGUUUCCGAGUUUCACCAGAAUGCUUCAGGACGAUGCCUAUGCUAACCUCUUAACAUAGAAUAAUGCAUAAUCCUGCUUUACAGAAGAUGGUAUGUACGAAUGAGUCUCGGGUACAGGUACAAUCUAUCUUUCUUAAAGUGGCUUUUUUUUUCAUGUUUUUAGAGGAUGUUUGGAGGGUCAUACCCUCAUACUCAUGUUCGGGCAAAGGAGCAACGUAGGCCAUGUAUAGAUAUAACAUUUUGACAUGUUGGACCAUAAUUAGGGUUAAGUUUGGAUUAACUUGAACAAUGAGAUAUAGCCUUGAUAAUGAAGGUUAUAUAUUCAAAGUUCACACAUGAAGUUGUUUGUAUUUUAUGAUUAUGCAAACUAUGAUGUAUAGCAGAAGACCAUAUAUUAUGGUUUUUUCAUAGAAUGUAAAUAUCUAAUUGUUUCUUGUUUU